AUGGAGCAUGGAAAUGUGCGAAUUCGACCUGUGACUCCUCGAGUUAUUGAAAGCCGGCAAGAAGACUCUCCAGAUGAGUAUGACAUUCAAAAGCUUUUAUCAAAACUAGCAAACAUUUCGGUUUCUUCUUUUCAAUCAAUCAAAAGGCUUGAGUUGUGCAUCAACACCGAUGAAGUGCCUCUGCAUAAAAUUAGUGAAGAGUGUCCACAGCUCACAGAACUGAAAUUAAAUGGAAGUUCCUUACUCAAUUCGGAAAAAUUGAGAAGUAUGUUUUAAAUUCAAAAGAGUUGGCCAGAGAUUUCAUUAUAAUAAUUAUCACUUAUAUAUCAAAAUAUUUUAUCCCGAGCCUAGGUUUUUAUCCAAAAAAAUAGGUAUUUUUCCAAUAGUUUUUUUCCUCACGGUGUGGGUGAGUUAGAAUCACUGAGAGAUCUUGGCACUGGGUGGAAUGAAUUAACAAUUCUAUGAGUUGUUCGAACAGGAUUGGUGGAAUUCGAAGGGAUUUCUGCAUUCCCCAAGCUUUCUGAACUUUAUGCAGCGUUUAAUGCAGUUACCGAUUUGUCCUGCUUGAUGUUUAAUGAUACUCUGCAAGUCCUCGAUAUCGAAGGAAACCAAAUCGGCGAGUGAAGUCAAAUCGAGCAGCUAAAAUACUGUGAUCAGCUCUGGUCUCUUAAUUUAGAAAGCAAUCCAAUAGUUAAGAACUUAGAAUAUCGGUCGAAAUGCUUAGAAAUGCUUCCACAGUUGCAGAUUUUAGAUGAUAAUCCAAGAGAGGCAACUGUGAGUGCACAAACUGAGACAAAUUUUAAUAUAGAUAGCAAAGAACCAGACGAGCUAGAACUAGUAUAAUCCCUUGCAUAAAUUUCAUUUUGCUUAUUUAUGGUAAAUUGAUUUUAAAAUGUCAAAAAAAAUUUUAGCAUACCAUAGACUCAGUUUUAUUUAUAAUGACAUGUCAAAAUUUUUUUGACAUUUUAAAAUCAAUUUACCAUAAAUAAGCAAAAUAAAAUAUUACCAAUACAUUAUAACAAAUUCGGUUAGAGAAUCAACUCCCAAGCGGAAACAAGCAGAAAUAAGGCCGAAAAGUGCAAACCCAAUGUUCAGAGACGAAGGAGUUAGCCAUCUAACAGAAGAAAUUUUUAGCGGAAAUCCGCUAAAAGCAAUGAGGUAUAGAAGGAACAGACUGUUUCAAGAUAGAGCUAAUUUUGAUAUUAUGACUCUUAUUAAAGAAUUCAAAGUAGAAAACACCAAAGACUUCAAGCCUGUCCAUGUUCCUCAAAUGGUAAGAAGAACAAGAAAAGUAAUGGCGAGGGAAAGGUUUACAGCAGAUUAUGAGACUAAAAAGAAUGAAAUGUAG